CAUAUCGCAAGAACUUAGCUCGGUGUUCACAUCGUUGCAGUAGUUGACAACCAACUUCGGCGAAUCCGAACAAGAUCGACUGUUUGUUUAAACAGAAGUUUAAUUUUUACGAUCGAUUUAAAAACAACUUUAAAAAGCGUGGGUGUAAACAUACCAUACUCAAAUAAUGGUCGAUUACAGCAAGUGGAAGGAUAUCGAAAUUUCAGACGACGAAGAUGAUACUCAUCCUAACAUUGAUACACCAUCCUUGUUUAGAUGGCGUCAUCAAGCGAGAUUGGAACGAAUGGAAGAAAGAAAACGUGAACACGAGGAACAUGAAAAGAAAAAGGCAGAACACAAGCAAAAACUUAAGGAUACAAAAGAAAGGCUUGCAAGGUUAGAAAACGAGCAAAAGGAUUCUGCCGAUUUAACUGCAUUAAAAAAAGUUUUGCAAGACCUCGAAGAAGAAGAGAAACAAAUUAAAGCAAGAGAAGAUGAAAUGAAUAAAAAGGAAAAGAUGACACCAUGGAAUGUGGAUACAAUCGGUCAAGAUGGAUUUACAAAAACUGUAAUAAAUACAAAACCAGCAAGGAACGAUGAUGAUUCAAGUUUCUCAGAUGAAGAGAAGGAGAAAAGAAUGAAACAAUUUGUAAAGGAUAAUGAGAAAAAGUUAAAAGAAUUUGGUAUGCUUAGAAGAUACGACGAUAGUAAGAAAUUUCUUUUGGAUAAUCCACAGAUAGUUUGCGAGAAUACAGCAAAUUAUUUAGUUAUUUGGUGCAUUAAUCUAGAAAUGGAAGAGAAACACGAUUUAAUGGAACACGUGGCUCAUCAAUGCAUAUGCAUGCAAUAUAUAUUGGAACUAUCCAAGCAAUUAGAUAUUGAUCCUAGAGCUUGCGUUAGUUCCUUUUUUAGUCGUAUACAAAUUGCAGAAGUAGAAUACAAGAAUUCUUUUGACGACGAACUUAGAGCAUUUAAGGAUAGAAUAUGUAAGCGUGCUGCCGAAAAGGUUGCAGAUGCGCUUAGAGAAGCGGAAGAGGAGGAAAGAAAAGCGAGGCUUGGCCCCGGUGGUCUUGAUCCAAUUGAAGUUUUUGAAAGUCUUCCAAAGUCUUUUCAAAAAUGUUUCGAAGCACAGGACAUACCAUUACUGCAACAAACAAUAGCUGCUAUGCCUGAAGAAGAAGCUAGAUAUCAUAUGAAACGUUGUAUCGAUAGUGGUCUUUGGGUACCAGAUGCUAAAGCUAAAGAUAAAGAGGAACAAGAGCAAAAAGAAAAAGAAGAAACUACUGUUACGGCCGAUCCAGAAUAACACUUUGAACUAAGCUCCGCUUUCGCAUCUGUAUUUUUUGUUUUUCUCUUUGUUAAGAUACUGCUUGACUUAUAGAUUUACAAUAGAUUAAUUAAAAUAAAAUUAUUCGCAGAAGAGAAAAGGAGGAUAAUUCUAUCCUCCGUAUGAUUUAUCUAAAAAAAAAAAAAAAAUAAAAAAAAAACAAAAAUAAAAAAAAAAUAAAAAGGAU